AUUGGUGCAGCAAUGAGAGCGAGGAUGCUUCUUUUUUUUUUGUUACCCAACCGGUUGGCUUGACUCACCUUGGUCGACUCCUCCCAUUGAGCAAUAGUCUCCAGUAGCAGAUCUCCCGUAAAGUGGAAAGAGAUGCUGUCCGUCUCGCCUCCUACACACACGGGUGGCUUUGGUCUUGGCGACUUCGAGGAGCUCAAGAGAGCCGCUGCGCUGGCCCUUGUCGCCUCGCCGCACGACGUCGUCCUAGGUGGGGGAUGGGACGAUGUGGAGAAGGUGCAAGCGUCGACUCCGUCUACAUCAGCUUCGCCCGUUGCCUCGUCUUCUGCAUCUUUACCUGAUGACUCGCCCCCCUCUUCGCCUUCGCCCGAGGGUGUGACGUCGCCCUUGUCGGGCUCAGGCCUCUUGAUCAAGUCAAAACACCAGGGGUGGGAGCGCAGCUUCGAUCUCGACCACGAGUGGCCCCGACCGCAGAUUCAAGAGCCCGACGAGGUUCUGAUCCGCAACGUCACCGCCGGCCUGAACCCCGUCGAUUUCAAGAGCAUCUUGUACAACUUUGGCAUCCCCGACACGCCUUGGGUCCUGGGGCGAGAUGUGGCAGGCAUCGUCGAAGAGGUGGGCGCGAACGUGACGGAUUUGUCCGUCGGUCAGCGGGUGUGGACGUGCGCCGACUCGCGCGACGUCCGGGCAGGGGCCUAUCAGACGUACUGCAUCGCCCGACGGACCCACGUUGGGUCGUACGACACGGACAGCGUGUCGGACGACGAGGCAGCCACGCUUGGCACUGGCCUCGUGACGGCAGCCAUCGCUGCCUACUGGUUUUUCCAGUGGAAUAGGCCUGCCUCGCUGGGUGGGGGCAAGAUGCCAAGAAAGGGAAACGAGGGUGCCGCGAGUGAAAAGGCACACACACCGGAGAAAGGCGCACCUUGGGUUCUCAUUUACGGUGGAGGCUCAAUCACUGGCAUCUACAUGGCGCAGCUCGCGAGAUUAGCAGGGCUGCGGACAAUUGCCAUCGCUUCGCCAUCGAACUUCGACUAUCUGACGUCAGAUAGUAUCGGCGUCACCGAAUGUGUGGACAGAUACCUGAGCGAGCAAGAACUCAGCUCCAAGAUCGACGACAUCACCGGGGACCAUGGUCUUUCCUACGUCCUCGACUGCGUUGGGUCAAAAACGGCCACAAUGUGCGAGAAAAUUGCAAGGCAAAGGGGACAAGGCGAUGCAGAGAUGAUCUGCCUGGCUGGCAAUCCAAAGAGCGAGGGUCUGCCAGAGGGAACGCGCAAAGUCGUCGUCCAUCGCAUCAGCUUUUCGACGACUUUUUACGGCGACGACGUCUUUGCGACAAAGGUCAUGGCUGAUCUGGACGAGCUGCUUCGGACAAGCCAACUCAACUCUGUCCGGCCUCACCUGGUGGAAGAUGGCUUGGCUGGUGUCAGGCGGGGGUUGGAGGCAUUGCGAGAUGGAGCGGCGCCUCGGGCAAAGAAGCUCGUUGUCCGAAUCAGCGAGACCCCGUCGGCCCAUCUCACCCACUUGGGCGUUCGUGCUGAGCUGGGCUGGAACGGAGUUGUAUGA